UGUAUUUGUAUCGUGAAAUGCAGCGGCCUUUAUUUUAAAUACAAGUAGAAUAACAUCUGUAUCAGUAUAAACUAACCAGCUUCAUAUAAUGGUUCCCCGAAAGCCGAUAAGUUGGUUUCUAACCGAACAGGGACGGUCGGUUUCCUUUGCUCUUGUAACCGGCAGUGGUCUUGCAUUAACUGCAGCAAAGUUUUUGCCUCACACCUUUUUCCUAGAUAAAUACAAAGAGUUCGUUCACAAUUACACAGACGGUAAGCCGGACCCUUUGCCAGGAGAACUUACAGAGAGAUAUAAAACAUGCCUGGAUAUCCUCAAACUGUCUGAUGUACAUCGGAAGCUUGUUUCACCAUUUACUGUGUUUGGAUUUGAUUUGUUUCAUGCAGGCAGCAGCAGUUCUAAAUAUGGUGUGGUAGUGGGGAUACCUGUUAAUUUUACAUACAAGUCAGUUGCUGACAUAGAAAAUGCUGAUAUUAAAGUUAACCAGAACAAAAUAGAUUGGACAUCAGAGGCAGGCCAGAAACUGGCAGACUCCCUGAUCCUUCCUGAGAGAGUUCAACAGUUUGCUAUUUGCAGAGAGAUCCUUAUGACACACAACAACAAGGUUCAAUAUGAAGCCACAUUUCCUUUUGUCUGCAUAUUUUUUGUAUACAACUUAACCUCAUAUCUAAAUAGGAGAUUGAAUCUGUAUGCGGGUCCGGCAGCAAUGCGUGGAACUCUUUAUUCAAUAACAGGAUUAUUUGGUGUGGGCAUGUACUUCCUUAUGAAAGAUUUGACAGAAGUUUAUUAUGAAACUGAGGUGGACAAAUCAUUGUGUGCAUUAGGCCCUGAAUAUGUGGAAGCGGGAGUAAUUUUUUAUGAUAAGAUACUCAAGAGGAACCAAGCACUGAGAGAACUGAUGGGGGCUGAAGGAGAGAAGAAAUACAGUAAACUUGGAAACGAAAACUUUUUCCUAAGACAGCCGCGGUUGGCACUGGUGCAUAGGAAGUUGUAUUUUGAAAAUGAGUUAAAGAAACUUGAGACUCAAGAUGAUAAAGCUGGAAAAGAUGUGCAAGAAUAAAACCAAAGAAGUCCUGUGCAAUCCACUAGGUAUUCUAAGAAAUAUAAUCUAGGCUGGAUUGGAAAAUUCAAUUAAUAAAAUAAUUAGGUUGAUUACUAACA